AAACAUUUUAAUGGUUAAUAAAAAAAUGUUCGGCAAGCUAUUACUAAAAUUAAUAGGUACCUACCAUAAGCCGUACUAUUUUUAUACCAUUGUUAAAAACACUGAGUAAAUAAUGAAUAUUUUUACAACCAGCAGUAUUUUUAUAUUUUUGGCCCUUGAGGGAGAAUGUAAUUUUAGAGAAGAGUUUUUCAAAAACGAAAAUAUUAAAAGAUGUGCCACCAUUGCUAAAUACCAUACACUAAGUUUUAAUGCGACGCUGUUAGAAAGAGAAAACAAAUAUGCUUGUAUUUUUAAAUGCCUGAUGGAAAUACAAUAUUUUGAAGAAAAUGAUGGAGAGUUUUACGUCAAAAGAAACAUGGACCAACUUGAUACUAUUCAUAAUAUUGACAUUUGUUUUAAUGGUCACAAUAAACCAAUAACGUGCUCUGACAUAGAAAAUAUCUUUGAUUGUAUAGAAUUAAUUAUUAUCGAAGAAACCAAAAUAUAAAAUCUAAUAGAGACCAGAAUUAUUUAUUUGUUUUAUGUUCAUAGAAAAUAAAAACAAAGAUACUUAA